AUAUUCAGGACUGUUCUGUGUGACGGUGAACCCCUACAAGUGGCUUCCUGUCUACAAUGCAGAGGUUGUGGCUGCUUAUCGUGGCAAGAAGAGGAGUGAAGCUCCACCUCACAUCUUCUCCAUCUCUGACAAUGCCUAUCAGUACAUGCUGACAGAUCGGGACAAUCAGUCCAUUCUUAUCACUGGAGAAUCUGGUGCAGGGAAGACUGUAAACACCAAACGUGUCAUUCAGUACUUUGCUGUCAUUGCCGCCAUCGGAGACCGCAAAAAGGAUGCUGGUCCCACUGGCAAGGGAACUCUGGAAGAUCAAAUCAUCCAGGCUAACCCUGCCUUGGAAGCCUUUGGCAAUGCCAAGACUGUGAGAAAUGACAACUCUUCAAGAUUUGGUAAAUUUAUCCGGAUCCAUUUUGGAGCAACUGGAAAACUUGCAUCUGCUGACAUAGAGACUUAUCUCCUGGAGAAAUCCCGCUGUACCUUCCAGUUGAAGUCUGAGAGGGACUACCACAUAUUUUACCAGAUCUUAUCCAACAAAAAGCCAGAGCUUCUGGAUAUGCUACUCGUCACUAAUAACCCAUAUGACUAUGCGUACAUCUCCCAAGGUGAAACCACUGUUGCUUCCAUCGAUGAUGCAGAAGAGCUAUUAGCUACUGAUAGUGCCUUUGAUGUUCUGGGGUUCUCUCAGGAUGAGAAAAACUCCAUUUACAAGCUCACUGGAGCCAUCAUGCAUUUUGGCAACAUGAAAUUCAAGCAGAAGCAGAGAGAAGAGCAAGCGGAGCCUGAUGGAACUGAAGAGGCUGAUAAGGUUGCCUAUCUAAUGGGCCUGAACUCUGCUGACCUCCUGAAGGGCUUAUGUCACCCUAGGGUGAAGGUGGGGAAUGAAUAUGUCACCAAAGGACAAAAUGUCCAACAGGUGUAUUAUGCCAUUGGUGCUCUGGCCAAGUCAGUGUACGAGAAGAUGUUCUUGUGGAUGGUGGUGAAAAUUAACACCACUCUGGAGACCAGGCAGCCCAGACAAUACUUCAUUGGUGUGUUGGACAUUGCUGGAUUUGAGAUCUUUGAUUUUAACAGCUUUGAGCAGCUCUGUAUUAACUUCACUAAUGAGAAGUUACAGCAGUUCUUCAACCACCACAUGUUCGUGCUGGAGCAGGAGGAGUACAAAAAGGAGGGCAUUGAAUGGGAGUUUAUAGACUUUGGCAUGGACCUGCAGGCCUGUAUUGAUCUCAUAGAGAAGCCUAUGGGUAUCAUGUCCAUCCUUGAAGAGGAGUGCAUGUUUCCCAAAGCCUCUGACGUGACCUUUAAAGCCAAGCUGUACGAUAACCACCUGGGCAAGUCCAACAACUUCCAGAAACCAAGGAACAUUAAAGGGAAGCCUGAGGCUCACUUUGCCCUGGUCCACUAUGCUGGUACAGUGGACUAUAACAUUAAUGGUUGGCUGGUGAAGAACAAAGACCCAUUGAAUGAGACUGUAGUGGGGCUGUACCAGAAGUCCUCUCUCAAGCUGUUGGCACAUCUAUUUGCCAAUUAUGCUGCUGCUGAUUCAGAUCAAGCUUCAAAGGGCAAAGGAAGUAAGAAGAAAGGUUCCUCAUUCCAGACAGUGUCAGCUCUGCACCGGGAGAAUCUUAACAAGCUGAUGACAAAUCUGCGUUCCACUCAUCCUCAUUUUGUUCGUUGUAUUAUUCCUAAUGAAACCAAAUCCCCCGGUGUCAUGGAUAACCGUUUAGUAAUGCACCAGCUCCGCUGUAACGGUGUCCUGGAAGGCAUCCGAAUUUGCAGAAAAGGGUUCCCUAACCGUAUCCUGUAUGGCGACUUUAAGCAACGAUACCGAAUCCUGAACCCUGCAGCUAUCCCAGAAGGACAGUUUAUAGAUAGUAGAAAAGGUGCAGAAAAACUUCUUGCCUCCCUAGAAAUUGAUCAUUCUCAGUACAAGUUUGGGCAUACCAAGGUCUUCUUCAAGGCAGGUUUGCUAGGACAAUUGGAAGAAAUGCGAGAUGAGCGACUCUCCAGAAUCAUUACCCGAAUACAAGCCCAGUCCAGAGGGGUCCUUUCUAGAAUAGAAUUUAAGAAGAUUGUGGAACGCAGAGAUUCCCUUUUAGUAAUCCAGUGGAAUAUCAGAGCAUUCAUGGGUGUCAAAAAUUGGCCAUGGAUGAAGCUUUACUUCAAGAUAAAGCCUCUUCUCAAAAGUGCAGAGACAGAGAAAGAAAUGCAGACCAUGAAGGAAGAGUUCCAGAAGCUAAAAGAAGCCCUGGAAAAGUCUGAGUCUCGACGCAAGGAACUAGAGGAGAGAAUGGUCUCUUUAUUACAAGAGAAAAAUGAUCUGCAGCUUCAGGUUCAAGCAGAGCAAGAUAAUUUAGCAGAUGCUGAGGAGAGAUCUGAACAACUUAUUAAAAACAAGAUCCAACUGGAAGCCAAACUAAAGGAGCAGAAUGAAAGACUGGAAGAUGAAGAGGAGAUGAAUGCUGAACUGACUGCCAAAAAGAGGAAGCUGGAGGAUGAGUGUUCAGAGCUCAAGAAGGAUAUUGAUGAUCUGGAGCUGACACUAGCCAAAGUAGAGAAGGAGAAGCAUGCCACGGAGAACAAAGUAAAAAAUCUGACUGAAGAGAUGGCUGGGUUAGAUGAGAUAAUUGCCAAGUUAACCAAGGAAAAAAAGGCUCUCCAAGAAGCUCAUCAACAAACACUGGAUGACCUUCAAGCUGAAGAAGAUAAAGUCAACGUUUUAACUAAAGCAAAGGCAAAACUUGAGCAACAGGUUGAUGAUCUGGAAGGGUCUUUGGAGCAGGAGAAGAAAGUUAGAAUGGAUCUGGAAAGAGUAAAGAGAAAACUUGAAGGAGAUUUCAAAUUGUCACAAGAAAGCUUGAUGGAUCUUGAGAAUGAUAAACAACAGCUAGAAGAAAAGUUGAGGAAGAAAGACUUUGAAAUGAGCCAGAUCAAUGCAAGAAUUGAAGAUGAACAGAAUAUAGGUGCUCAGCUCCAGAAAAAGAUGAAGGAACUGCAGGCACGUAUAGAAGAGCUUGAGGAGGAAUUGGAAGCAGAAAGAACUGCAAGGGCUAAGGUAGAAAAGCUUCGCUCUGACCUUUCCAGAGAGUUGGAAGAAAUUAGUGAGCGUUUGGAAGAAGCUGGAGGAGCCACCUCAGUUCAACUUGAACUCAACAAGAAACGGGAGGCAGAGUUCCUGAAACUCAGGAGAGAUCUAGAAGAGUCCACUCUACAAUCGGAGGCCACCACUGCUACUCUAAGAAAGAAGCAUGCUGACUCUGUGGCUGAACUCAGUGAGCAGAUUGACAACCUUCAGAGAGUCAAACAAAAGCUGGAAAAGGAGAAGAGUGAACUCAAGCUGGAGCUAGAUGAUGUAGCAUCUAACAUGGAACAGGUUCUAAAAGCCAAGGGUAACCUAGAAAAGUUAUGCCGUACUUUAGAAGAUCAAGCAAAUGAGUAUCGUACAAAGUCUGAUGAGACACAGAGAAUGGUGAAUGAACUUUCCACCCAGCGUGCCAAAUUGCAGACUGAGACUGGAGAGCUAUCUCGCCGACUGGAUGAAAAGGAGUCUCUGGUUGCACAGUUAACACGUGGUAAACAGACCUACACCCAGCAGAUGGAAGAUCUGAAGAGACAAUUUGAGGAAGAAAAUAAGGCUAAAAACGCUCUAGCCCAUGCUCUGCAGUCGGCUCGCCAUGAUUGUGAUCUCCUUCGAGAACAGUAUGAAGAGGAGCAGGAGGCUAAAGCAGAGCUUCAAAGAAAUCUUUCAAAAGCUAAUUCAGAGGUGGCACAGUGGAGAACCAAAUAUGAGACAGAUGCUAUCCAAAGGACAGAAGAAUUAGAGGAGGCCAAGAAGAAACUGGCACAAAGGUUGCAGGAGUCAGAAGAGGCUGUAGAAGCUGUGAAUGCCAAAUGUUCUUCCUUGGAAAAGACAAAGCAUCGUCUACAAAAUGAAAUUGAGGAUCUUAUGGUAGACCUUGAGAGAUCAAAUGCUGCAGCUGCUGCACUGGACAAAAAGCAAAGAAACUUUGAUAAAAUCCUUGCUGAAUGGAAGCAGAAAUUUGAAGAAUCUCAGACAGAACUAGAGUCCUCUCAGAAAGAAGCUCGUUCCCUCAGCACAGAAUUAUUCAAAUUAAAGAAUGCCUAUGAAGAGUCUCUAGAUCAUUUGGAGACCUUUAAGAGGGAGAAUAAGAAUCUACAAGAGGAAAUCUCAGACCUCACGGAACAGCUAGGUGAGAGUGGGAAAAGCAUCCAUGAGCUGGAGAAGGUACGAAAACAACUUGAACAGGAGAAAAUGGAAAUACAAUCUGCACUGGAAGAAGCAGAGGCUUCCCUGGAGCAUGAGGAGGGUAAGAUUCUGCGUAUCCAGCUGGAACUGCAUCAAGUAAAGACUGACUAUGAGCGCAAGUUGGCUGAAAAGGAUGAAGAAAUAGAGCAAGCUAAGAGAAAUCACCAAAGAGUAGUUGAUUCACUGCAGACAUCACUGGAGGCCGAAACCAGAAGCCGUAACGAGGCAUUGAGAAUAAAGAAGAAAAUGGAAGGAGAUCUGAAUGAGAUGGAGGUUCAUCUUAGCCAAGCUAAUCGUGCAGCCAUUGAGGCACAGAAACAAGUCAAGAACUUGCAAGGCUACCUGAAGGAUACUCAAAUCCAACUAGAUGAUGCCUUAAGAGCAAGUGAAGACUUGAAGGAAAAUUAUGCACUUGUGGAGAGGAGGAACACACUGCUCCAGGCUGAACUGGAGGAACUGCGGUCUCUGGUGGAGCAGACCGAGAGAGGGCGCAAGCUCGCAGAGCAGGAGCUGAUAGAAACCAGUGAGAGAGUCCAACUUCUGCACUCACAGAACACUAGCCUAAUCAAUCAGAAGAAGAAGAUGGAGGCUGAUCUUUCCCAGUUGCAAACAGAGGUGGAGGAAGCAGUUCAGGAAUGUCGCAACGCAGAGGAAAAAGCCAAGAAAGCAAUCACGGAUGCUGCCAUGAUGGCAGAGGAACUGAAGAAGGAGCAGGACACCAGUGCUCACCUAGAAAGGAUGAAGAAGAACAUGGAGCAAACAAUCAAGGAUCUUCAGCAGCGCCUGGAUGAGGCUGAGCAGAUUGCCAUGAAAGGUGGUAAAAAGCAGCUGCAGAAGCUGGAGGCUCGAGUCCGGGAACUGGACAAUGAGCUGGAGGCCGAGCAGAAGCGCAAUGUAGAGUCUGUAAAAGGCAUGAGGAAGUAUGAGAGACGCAUUAAAGAACUCACUUACCAGACUGAAGAAGACAGAAAGAACUUGGCCCAUCUGCAGGACCUUAUUGAUAAGCUGCAACUAAAAGUGAAGGCUUAUAAGAGACAAGCAGAAGAAGCUGAGGAACAAGCGAACACAAACUUGUCCAAGUUCCGUAAAGUCCAGCAUGAACUGGAUGAAGCUGAGGAAAGAGCAGACAUUGCAGAAUCUCAAGUCAACAAACUGAGAGCAAAGAGCCGAGACGUUAGUACUAAGAAGCCAUUAAAUGAGGAGUAGACCCAGCAAAAUGACUUACAUCCGUGUAAUACAGCGUCCAAGACCCUGUACUUUAUAAUAUAUUCCUAAUUGUAGAAUAAAGAAUUGAAGAUG